AUGUCUACUCUUUUUCAGCCAACUCCUAUCCGCUUCAUGAUGCCUUCCGCUCAAGCUUCCGCGCCCUUGAUGCACGCUCCCCAGAAGAGCGCCCUGCGAGUCCCCUCAUCGCAAGAUCUUUUCACCGGCAUCAGCGCAUCUCUGUCUUGCACCACUUCCAAGCGACCUGCCACGCCCAACCAUCAAAUCUUUGAAUACGACUAUACCGUUCCCGCACCGCCACCGCCCAGUCCCGUCAGCUUUCGACCGGACUGCUGGCCCAAGCCUGCCCGCUCAUAA